UUUCAAUCUAUGCCCUUCAGCUUGGCGCUCUCCCAGAGUUUUUAACAGCGAUAACAAAUUUCACAUGUAUCACGAGCCACGAGGUAUCUUCACAUCAAAAUGAAAAUAUUUCCGGGUUUAUUAUUUACAAAAAGGUGGAUUUUUACAUAAGAUAGAUUUCCUUGUUUUUUUUUUUUUUUUAAAUAAGACAAUUCUCUCUCAGUGACUGUGAUUACUUAUUGAUUCAUUAAUUGUCCAAGGAUAUACACGUACAUUGUGGAAAACACGUUAGCUGAGGCUCUCGGGCAGACAUGUUGACAGUCUACCACCUUCUUCGGACAUGUCUGUGGACGAUUCCGGUGUUUACCUUUCUCUGGUCUGUGCCUGCUUUCUUCAUCACAUAUGGUAUUUCACAGGCGUUAAAUCACACGUCCGAUGUUUUUCCAUACAUAAGUAAAACAGGAACGGAAGUUCCGGAGAGAGGACUAUUUUCUUUGACAGUCUUUGUCUGCAGUAUUGCUUUGGCCCUUAAUGCAGAGAUUCGAUUCCAAUACGUCCGCCUUAUGAUGACACAGAUGUCCUUGACCCCGGCGGAGAAAUCGCGCUGGAUCACACUUAACAAAUUGUCGUUAGCAUUAGGUCUUGUUGCGUGCUUUGGGCUAGUGUUUGUGGCUAGUUUCCAGGUAGAUACUCUUCCAGUGCCUCACUAUAUGGGAGCCUUUGCGACCUUUGGUCUCUCGCUCAUUUGUUGUUGGAUCCAUGCUGCCAUUACGUACAAGCUCUACAAAGAGGAGAGGAAGUCGGGGCUUAAAUACACAUUCAUUGUACAGAUUCUAGUUAGCUUAGCUACCACUGUCAGCUUCCUUACCUUUAUUAUCAGUUUUGCUUCUUAUAGAUAUCAGAAAAGUAAAGGAUAUGGCACAAAAGAGAAUGAGUUGCGUGAUGUAUUUCAGUCCGCCUCCAGUUCAGAAUGGGUGCUAGCAAUCACCACUAUCUCCUUCGUCCUAACAUUUAUACCAGGCUUCAGAACGAUAGAAUUUGACGGAUUCAAUGUAAAAUUCAAAUCGCCAGCUACCAACAGUAAAACAAACAUUUGCCUGCGGCUUUGUGAUUGUUGUUCAUGAGGAAGAGGCACAUUUCCUGUCAACUUGUAUCAGAGAUUUUUACAAGUACAGGCAACGAUUCAGGCAAGAGAACAUAAUAUCACGGAUAUGACAUACAAACUUUCAAGAUACAGAAAAAGACUUCUGAUGAUAAAAAAGUGAUAUCAAAUGAGCUUCAGGUGUAUAUCAGUAAAUAAUAUUGUAUUUUAUUGAAUUAUCUUGCCAGGCAACUGACAAAUUUAUGAUAAACAACCUCUUUUUAUUUUAACUCUAUGUUAGACAAAUUGUUCUUUGAUUACUUGGUUGCUAUGGCAUUUCUGGUAUUGAUACUGAUGAAUGAGUCAAGACACGUAGAACACGUCUGUUUCUGUUCUAGGAGCCAUAUAAAUUCAUAGAAAUUUUGCAAAUUUCCCGACUUAUUUACAUUUUCUGCAUAUUGAUACAAUUAUGACACAUACUAAAGUUUGGUUAGUGAUGCUACAUCCAUCUGAUUGAUACUGAUAUUCAUAUCCAGAACUGAUCGUGGUAAUGUUUUGUUUAUUUUUUGUUGUCUGUUUUUGUUUCCUUGUUUGCGUUAAUGACUUGCUUGUAAGAUUAUCAAAAGAAUCUGUCUUCCUGCUUAUUCACCUCCCUCUUUUUAGUAAAAAUGUCUCUCCAACUGAUUUCAUUUUUUUCAGAUAUUUUUUUUUUAAUUUUUCAGUAGCGAUUAAAUAUUUAUUGAGGAAAUGUUUACUGUAAACGUAUUUUAUUCCAAGAGGUCAUAAUUCCGCGGAAUUAUGAUUUCUGUUCAGUUUCCAGGUAGACAAUUACAGAAAAUCUGUGACCAUAUACGUAGAGUAAAUAAAUCCCAAAUAAAAGUGGGAACGUCUAAAGAAUGUAAAUCUUAUCCAAUGCUAUUCUGAAGUGUCUUGUUUGUCUUCGUGAAAUAAAGAUUAAUUAUUUUUGUCA